UAAAAAUAUCCUGAAAACAGCAGGCGUGGAAAUUUUGUUAACAAGAGAAGCGAAAAGGAGAUAAAGUGAAGAUAGUGGGAAAGAACAACUUAGAAAGAAAGAUAUAGAAACUUUUGGAGUCAGUCAUACUUGAUAGUGCAUAGGAAUCAACUAGGAAGAAUUGGCUAUUAAUUAAGGACACCAGAACAGUGCCAAAUCGCUUUUCUUUUCACCGAACAUCCUUCCCCCCUCUCUCUCUCUUUUGCUAGAGAUGAGAUAAGAUUCCUCCAGUUAGCAUCAUGUCAUCUAGUCAACUAAAUAAUUUUGUGCUCACCCAGGAAGACUUGGAUGAGGUGAUCAUCACACCCGAAGAGUGUUCAACUCAGGGCAAUGAGCGUUUAACAAUCACAUUCCCUAUUCCCAUACCACCUGAUCCUGUAGUUGUCUUCCUCCAUGGAUCCAUAAAGACUCACAAACUCGAGGCAGAGCGACCCGACGAAAGAACUGUCUCUGUCAUGCUACCUGCUCACAAGCCAGCAGAAGUGGUCAAUCUUGAAUUAUAUCAGAUCCCCGGUCUACCAGUAAAUGCAAUUGAUUCUGAGAUCACACUACGGCCACGCCUUCUCUUAGAAGACAAGUUACUCUACACAGACAUGAGUAGCUAUUUGGCAGAGCUACUGGUACAGAGUGUCACUGAUAAAACACAAGCAUUCUACUCCGUUUUACCGCCUCUGGCUUCACUUGAUGAGAAAAUGUUAGAGGAUUUCGACAAGGAACUAACAUCUGCCGUAAAGUCAGUGGAGCUUCCUGAUGGGUGGAGCUUACUUCAAUGUGAAGACAAUAAUACUCUUCUUCAUUUCGCUGCACGUAACUCUCUACCACAACUCUUCUCCCUCCUCCUAUCAUUCCCUGGUGGAGGUACUGCCCUGACACUGAGGAACAGUGAUGGGAGCACUCCCUUUGACUUGGCUAGGCAAAGCAACAGGACAUCUGUCAAAGCUAUCCUUGAAUGCUCAAAUCUUCUUGCUUCUCCUCCUCCUGUUAUGAAUAUUGCUUCAGCUGAAGUCCAGUUACUACAGGAUAUUAAUGCUUUAUGGAUACGUGGUCAAAAGAGAGACAACCCCUCUCUCUUGGAGCUCCCCCCGUGGGAACUCAAUCUCACUUUUUUGCGCCAGCAGAUUUCUGCAAGUAUCGUGGACGACAGUCGCUUGUUAGGUGCUUCAAUUUCAAACCCCGCCUCUUUUAAUAAGGGGGAGGAGGCCUCACCACUGCCUCCUAAUGUAGGGGAGGUUUUGAUACGAGGCUGUGUCCGGAAGGCGUGGUCACGUGUUGUUGGAAAUGGGCGGAGUCGGUCUGUUGGCACCGGAUUAAACGAACUUCAUAGACUGCAAGAAUCUCAAUCACUUAUAGAGGCUCUUAAGAUCAAGGCAUCCGAACGUGUUCUUAAUAAGGAGGUGGGGCCUUGUGGGUGGAGCAUAUCAUGUCCUAGUCUCUGUGACGGCAGUGUCACUGAAUUAGUCCAUUCCUUAACCAGUUCCGGUUCCAAUAUUGAAAAGCCGGUAGCACCAAACGGAUUCACUCCCACCACUCCUGUACCUGACCACACCCAUCAACCGUCAUCUGACACACCCCACAAUUCUCUCGAGACUGACCUCGUCUCCUCCACCUCUCCCCACCCUCUCCCUCUCGUUUGUGUAGAGAACACAGAGAGAGGUGACAAAGUCUGUUUUGCUCCUUCUGCAAUCAAAACUCAACAAGAAGAGGAGGAGGAGGAACAGUUUUUCAGUAUGGCUGGUUAUGCUCACUCUUCAGGCGAAGAGAGUGAAGAGCCUAAGACGACUCUCCCUAAUCCUAUACAAAAGAACCUUUUUUCAAAAUCCGCUCCUACUUUUGUUGAAGCCGAGACCCAGCCCAGCACCGUGGAUGCUGAUUAUGUCAUCAUUGACUCCAUUGCCCCGCCCAUUAACACUUCUAACGAAGUCCCAGAGCCUCGGGUACCUGAUGUGUUACCCUCUGACGCUCUUUUAGCCGGUAAAGUUGCGACCACUCCCUCUACCCCUGUUAGUACCCCGCCUAUACAUGUACGCACUCACAAGAAGAGUCACAGCUUGUCUGGCGUCAUGUUUGCCGAUCAUGGAACGGAGCAGGAGAGACGGCUUGACACUGCCCAGUCCAACGCUAGCAGCAUGAUGAGUAUCGACAGCAGCAAACCUACAACAACCACCACCAGUAGUUACACGAGUAGCGAGGACGACGAAGAAGAUGAAAGUGCUUUUGAAACGGCUAAUGAAGUCAGCUUCAAGUCCAAGUCUGGCGUUUCAAUAGACGACAGUCCUUUCGUCUCGUUGGAAGGAUCCUUUCCUUUUAAGCCGUACCUCGUCUUGGAUCAGGAGAGAAGAGCUAGUGAGGAUGAUGUUGAUGGAGGAGCUGAUAAAGAAGAGGAGGAGGAAGAAGAGAGAAGGAAGCUCUCUCUCAUUCAGGAAAGACGUUACUCUCUUAAUGUCAUCACCAAUAUUGAUGACUUUAGUGCUAGUAGUGAAGAUGAUGCUGGUAACCAGGCCCUAAGGCGGAGCACCAGAUCACCUGACUCAGUGACACCAACCCGUCAAUCGACUGAAAUGUUAUCAAACCGUACUACAAGCGAAGGAGACAUGACUUUAUCUGAUAUCGAGGUACAAGUCGGAAGCUUAGAGGAAGACAAGAUGCCACAGAAGACCAAAGAGUCUCCGCCGACUAACCCCGCCCCUCUCUCGCCAGCAAGCAGGUCACCACGAGUUCAUCAAAGGACUCCUAGUACUCCCAUUAUACCCAGCACCUCACCAGGACCCAUAUCAAGGACAGCUCACGACGCUAAACACACCAUAAGGUUACUAAAAGCAUUGACACAAGAGGAACCACUCCCCAUUAAAAAGUCUCGUUCAGAGACCCUCCCUGCUAUUACAAUGCCCUCUGAUCCUCUCAUUCCUGUUGCCUCCGCCCGUUUACCGGGUGGAGUCCUUCAUACUAAUAUUUCUCGUAAUGCCUCCUCUGCUUCUGAUUCUGUCGUCUCUUAUCAGUCCUCACCACCUCUUCAAAAGGGCGGGGUUUUGGGUUCUUCAAGUUUAGAUUUUGUCAAGCCACCAGACGGAAGGAGCUCCGCCCGAAGCUCAUCUCGAGCCUCAUCUCGUGUGUCGGAAUCGACUACACCUCUCCCGCCAUCUCCUCUAUACUUUAGCAAGAGUCCACGGUCUUCACCACGUCCAUCACUCGUCAAAGAAGUAUGCCAUUCCCCGACCGGUCGUACCGCUGUGACCUCUGUCACCUCUCCUCUCGACAAGAAAGCUAAAAGUGUUGAUAAUUUAUUAGACGAAUCGACCAAUCAGGAAAGAGAUCAGAAAAGUGUCAAAUUCAAGCAAGAAGACGUUGAGGACGAUGAAGAAGAGUUUCGUGGUAGUCAGCGUAAGGACAUACAGUCCUAUCUUGGUAUCAUAGACCCAAUGGCUCGCGAGCAGCCCAAAAGCAAGGGGAUCUCAAAGCUCUUCCGGCGUGACUCAAAGAAAGACAAACAACGAUCGACAAAGAAGACGGACAGUCUUACGUCCCUUGACUCUGUCUUCAUGAACAACGGACAGCAAUCGUCACAAGAAGACGGGAAGAACGGUGGCCCUCAACCGGGCAAGAUAAGACCUAACUCAUCAAUUCAGGCAAUGACCUCUGUACCAGGCACAUCGCAGUCACCUGUCAUUCGUAAGCCAAGAGCUAACACCAUACACGACAUUAAUGUAACCACAACCAGUGAACUAAAGGCUCUUCCUGACACUAGGAGACUCAGUGGAGGAGUAGGAGGAGGUGGAGUAGAGGAAGAGUUUGUCCCUCCUUCCUCUCCGAGGAGUAAAUCUGAAGGAAGUACUACAACUGAAGUGCCAGAGCUACCAGACGAGAACUCUCUCUCAGUGAGUAUUGACGAUCAUCCUCUCCUAGCGGAAGAUGAUGACACUGAGGUUUCUUGGUACCAGACUAUAGACCGUAGGCUUCGGCGCUCCAUUAAUAAACACGAGAAAGGACGUCAGGGAGCCAUUUUUGACUUUAUACGUACAGAGAGACACAUACACAAAUCUGUCCUUGUUUUAAAGUUGGUGUUUAGGGACAAGCUUGCAUCAGAGCUCGGGAUGUCUGAAGAGAUUCUAAAUCAUCUUUUCCCUUCGCUUGAUGAGCUAAUGGUUGUCACUGAAGAGUUCCACAAUAAGCUUGAGGAAAAGCAGCAACCUUCUUCAAUGAUGGUUAGCGAUAUCAGCGACAUACUACUGGAGCAGUUUACCGGGUUUUACGGGAAGAGAAUGAAAGACGCCUACACUAACUUUAUCUGCCGUCAGUCGGAAGCCUUGGAGCUUUAUCGUGACCUGGAGAGAAGGAAAGCUAAAUUUGCACGUCUUAUGACCCUCUUGUAUGCAAAGAAACAAUGCGAGAGACGGAAGCUACCUGACUUCUAUCUGCUCAUUACGCAGCGUGUAGCCAAAUAUGUGGAGAUGAUGAAGAAGCUUGUCAAGGAGACCGACGCCCUUAAACUAGACCACUUAGAUAGACUAAAGAAGGCAGAUAAAGCACUGCAAGAGCUCGUGGCAUCCAUUGAUAACGGGGUCUUACAGUAUGAGAACAGGAAGAAACUUGAAGAUAUUCAAAGCAGACUGGAAAUACACGUUCCUCGUAAUUAUAAGCAGUAUUCUAAACUGAAGGGACUCAAAUCUCUUGACUUGCUUGCUCAGAAUCGUGUCCUCAUCAACACUGUUGAUGUUCACUGGAGUGGAAGUGGCAAAUCAAUAGCUGUAUUGCUGGUACUAGUGACUGAUCUUAUUAUAUUAUUAACUGAGAAAGAUCAGAAAUACCACUUAGCCACACUGCAUGAUAUGAAGCCUCCUGUCAUUCGUUUGUAUGAUCUUCAUGUUCGUGUGAAUGCUUCAAUAAGAUCGGGUGUGCAGCUACUACUCCUGGAGCAAGGACUCAAACCGGCCAUGUUUUAUAUCGAAUUCUCUUCAAAGAAAGAAGCAAAAGUGUGGGAGGAGAGGUUAAAUAAAGCUGUUGAGUACUGCAGACGAAAUGAUUUAAAAUGUGAACACUUGGGGGUGGAGCCUAUUUUAUCGGGCGAUGAGUGUAAAGAUGAAGAUGAAUUUGACGGAGACAUUGAUCCAUUACCUGAUCUUAGCCCUGAGGCAAUUCGACGAAUGAUGAUACACCAAGCUCUUUCCCAGGCUCACCAACACAUCACCAUGGCAACGGCCGCCUCCCUCCCUAACCCGCCCACUCAUGAGGUAACUGCCCGUCACUCCCUUGCCACCGCUCCAUUAGCUCAUCGGAACCACCAGUUGCCACCGCACGCGCCUAGAAACAAACCAGUUAGAUCAACAACCUUUCAUGCCGUGAGGACACCUAGUCUGGAUACCAUUGAACCAAAGAAGAAGAAGAAGAUGCCCGAUAGAGGAUUGAGCUUCUUGGACAAGAAAGACGACCCUGCUCAAGAGAAGAAGAAUUUGUUGGAGUGUAUCAGUAAUUUAAAAGAUUGUGUUGAAUAUUUACUGAAGGAGAACGAAACCAAAAGUGAAGAAAUGGCCAAGCUUAGACACGAACUGGAAGAAGCCAGAUCGUCGAAUCGUUCGAGCCCUGUCUCUCUCUUUCGAUCCCACUCCGCCCAGCGGCCGAGAAGCGGCAGGCCUCAUUCCAUUCACAGCGACUUAUUGAAAAUGGAGGAUCUUAAGAAAGAAGGAGAGAAAAAUGUUAAGUUUAGAGAAGGGUCGCCUUCUUUUCGUCUUCGGAAUCAAUAACGAUAUCAUUUUUACAUGUAACUGUCAUUUAUCGUGUAUUUUACAUUUAAAUUCACUUUCUUCUGUACAUCUUACUCCCCCUCUCUCUCUCUCUCCCUCCACUUUUUCCAAAAGCUGGUAAAAAAUAUAUUCAUUAUUAUUAUUAUUAUUAUUAUUAUUAAAAGUUUAUUAUGAUUAUUUUCACUGACAAUAAUUAAUAAUAAUAAAAUUUUCUGUAUCAUAUAAAGGUUAAACACUUCAUUUUAUCGA